UGCCUUUCAGUCUCGUCACCUGAGGGGUUCCUUCCUCAUUGUGAACAAUGAACCAUAACCGCUCUAGUACAGAUGAUGUAUUGAUUAUGUUACCAUGGUUACAUGAUGCGGCAAUGACAACUUAAGGACUGUGUCCUUCGAGGCCUGAUUAUGUGAUGUGAUAUAUACACGUCAGUUAUAUGUUGAGCAACUCCGGUAGACCUCGUAUCGCCUGGGGUACCUGCACGGGAAUACCUGUUAAAUAUACAGGUGUGCGUAUAUUCUCAUAGCUUGUUUUCAUCAGCGGACACGCCCAUGGGGGCUCUCAGAGACGCUGGGGAGAUCCUCCUUCCGCUAGUACUGACAGGAGUCAAAGAUCAACAUGGAGGCCACAGAGCAAGGUAAAACGGACGAAGAUAAAAAGAAAGGCUUGGAAAGGAAAUUUGUGGACAAUAUUACUAUCGAGAAGCUUGGACGGGUUCUUCCGCCACGAAACGGAAUCCGCGCCAGCGACAUGAAGGAGGACCCACGCGGAAACCGGUUCCCCAAAUACAGAGGCUACGUGCUUGCCAUAGCCGGGGCCAACUACACGGUGAUUGCGUGCGGGGUUGGCCAAGGUGAAGGUCAGGCGCUUCCACCACGUGACGUCACCUACAAACUAAACGACAAAAACAUCCUAGCGUCUCAUGGCUUCCACAAUGACGUCCUCAACUUCAACAAAGACCUUCGGAAUAAGAUGGAUGAGUGUGAGGCGACGUUGAAGAAGCAGAUGUCGACUCUGGGGACGGCGGGUAUCGUCAAGGCGUUGCUGUACAACCGGCGGUGUUACACGUACUUCAAGUGCAACAUCCUCGCGGGAGUAGACCAACACGAUGGCGGCUGUUUGUACGUGUUCGACCAACUGGGCGGCUUCAAGAGAGAGGCGUUCGGCGCCGGUGGGUCGUCCUCACUCAACAUGCACAGGCUGUUAGCCAGAAAGGUAAACUUAAAGAACCAGCGUUCCAUCCAUGUGUCCCAGGACGAAAACGAGGCUGCUGACCUUGUGACCUCCGUCUUCAGAGAGGCGGAGGAACAGAGAAUAUUCCGCGGCCAUGCUGUCGUCAUUUACACCAUCACCAAGACCGGCACUAUGGAGGAGUUCAGGCGGGUUAAGGACUAAGGAAGGGAAUAUCACACUCCACUCUUUUUUAUACUGUACAUCAUCAUAGCUUUAUUUACCAAUAUAUUAUUUUUAUACUUAUUUACCAAAACCGCAAUAUAAGUGUCUACAUGGUUGGAAGAAAGUGCCAGAAAGGCCUUGACCUAUAUUCAAUACCCCAACCCAAAUUAUUCCAAUCGCACAUAUACCAUAUACAUAUUCAAAAGACGACACCUUUGACUAAACAUGGCUAUUUUGGUCCUUCGCAAAUGUUGAGAAGUAUAAGUGUCUUGUGAUUAUAGCCAGGGACUUUUGUUUUGAUUUUCUUUAAUGGAUGACAGAGGCCAAUAGGAAAGGAAGGAAUGGGGAUCACUGUUUGAAACUGUAGUUGCAGUGGAUGGGUGUGUUCCAGUUGACACUAGACACAAGAUAUGUCUAAAAAUAUAGUAUAUGUGUUUGUUUUUGUUUUGUGGACACCAUGACAACCCAAUCCCCAACCCAAAGCUUGGACAGCCACGGAGAUCAGCCACAGACUGGAAACAGACUUCAUUAAGAUAAUGGACCAAAUGAAAGCCAUAUACUGUUACAAUAUAAUGUUGAUUUAAUAUUAAAAUAUUCUAAAGACUG